GUUAUGCAGCUAUGGUGGCUGGCGCGUAUUUUAAGUAUUUGGAAUGAAUCAGUGGAUGUUCUACCAUGGCUGCCAUCGAGAUCCACGCUAAGUACAUCACUGAGCUGUUUGGAGCAGGCAAGACGCAUUUAGAAAUGUCUUCCACAUUGAAGCAACAUGGAGUUAAGAUGUGCUCAGAGAUGAGUAUUCGAAGAUUCUGUGAGAAACACAACCUAAGACGCAAAGGAUUGGUUACCGAUACAGAGUUGGAAAGAGCUGUAUUGGGCUCGAUACGUGAGACAGGCCCAUCGUACGGCCGCAAGUUUAUGACUGGGUACCUGGCGUCGGGGGGAGUGCGUGCGGCAGAACGUCGAGUCGGGAAGGUACUGCAAAACAUCCAUCGGCCGUAUUAUGAGCAACGCUGUCAGGGUGCACGAAAUCUGAACCCCAUCCCCUAUCAAGGCCGCUACAUGGGCCAUAAACUGCAUAUGGACCAAAAUGAAAAGUUGGUCAUGUUUGGCGUGACUCAUGUCCUAGCCAUGGAUGGAUACAGUGGUAACAUAGUCGCUCAUUCCAGUAUGCCUGUUAAAAACAACCUGGUCAUCUAUGAGGAAGUCUACAGAUCUGCAGUGAUGCGUUAUGGGAUGUGGGAUCAACUCCGCGUUGAUCAUGGCAGGGAGUUUUACCUGUGCCUGUACAUGCAAGAGAAGUUAUCAGGACGUAGACACAACACCAGUGGCCCACCAUACCGACAAACUGCAUCUACAAUGAAUCAUCGCGUGGAGAGGAUAUGGUCAGAGGUGAACCAACGAGUGAAUUAUCCACUUAAAGAAGCCCUAAUUCAGCUGCAGGACCAUGAACAGAUUGAUAUGGAGGAUGCUUUAACUAAAUACUGCACCUCAAAUCUUACCCGCACGUUAAGUGAGAUAGGCUUAUGCAGAAUGAUUCAAGCAUGGAAUGCCCACAGAGUACCAGGACGUGGGAUACCCAAUGACCUGGUAGCAGGUGGCUGUCCUGUCAAAAUCACAGAGGCGCUACUUCCCAGUGCCUCUAUCGUGGCCAAUAUGUAUGAAGCGGAGUUGGGUUCCUCGCUGACUUGGGCAUCUGAAUUUGCAAAUGACCCUUUUCCAUCUGAGGAGGACAAAUGUCAUGUGGAGGAGAUGUUUGCACACCAAUACCCUGAUGUCUCGGUGUUGUUUAAUGACGCUGUAAAUGCCAACUACAUACCGCUUCAAAACGCAUUGUGCAACCUUAUAGAUGUUACCCGAAGACAGAUAUAAAUACACCUGU